AUGAUACAAGGGAUACAGUUGAAUUCACCAAAAUCUGUAAGCAAUUAUACUAUUGUCAACACAUUUUAUCCCUAUCUCUCCCAACAUGGUGCAGAUCCAUGGGUAUUUAAACAUCCUACGAACGGUUUCUACUAUGCCACCAAAUCUACUCAAGUCAACGUUGUCAUUUGGCGCUCACAUUAUCUGACUACACUUGACAUCAGCGAGAGUAAAGUCAUUUGGACACCGAAUAAUACGACAGCAUGUCGAGAUGUUUGGGCACCUGAACUUCAUCUCAUUCAUCAGAAAUGGUAUGUCUAUUUUGCAGCGACAACUUGCGAUGGUGAUAAUGCUAAUCAUCGAAUGUUUGUCGUGGAAAACGAAAACGAAGAUCCAUUCCAAGGUGAAUUCCAAUUUCGAGGUCAGCUCACAGAUGAGACGAAUAAGUGGGCAAUUGACGGAACAGUGUUUGAACAUCCAUCCACGAAUGAAUUGUACUCUAUAUGGUCGGGAUGGGAAGGAGAUGUUGAUGUUAUGCAGAUUCUCUACAUCGCUCACAUUGUAAAAAAUUAUGCAUUAAUUUAUUGA